AUGAGGAUGAGGAUGGCCAGCAGGCGGGCAGGCAGGCGUGGCGGGGCAGCAGCCCGGCGGGCGCAGCGCGGCUCCUCCAAUGUCUUCUCCGUGUUCGAGCAGUCGCAGGUCCAGGAGUUCAAGGAGGCCUUCAGCUGCAUCGACCAGAACCGGGACGGGAUCAUCACCAAGGCGGAUCUGAAGGAGACCUACUGGCAGCUGGGGAAGACAAAUGUGAGCGACGAGGAGCUGGAGAAGAUGCUGAAGGAGGGGAAGGGGCCCAUUAACUUCACCGUCUUCCUGACACUCUUUGGGGAGAAGCUGAAUGGCACCGACCCCGAGGAGUCCAUCCUCAACGCCUUCAAGGUCUUUGACCCCGCCGGCACCGGUACCGUGAACAAGGACGAGUUUAAGCAGCUUCUCCUGACCCAGGCAGAUAAGUUCUCCCCGGAGGAGGUGGAGCAGAUGUUCGCAGUGACGCCCAUCGAUGUCUCGGGGAACAUCGACUACAAGUCCCUGUGCUACAUCAUCACCCACGGGGACGAGAAGGAGGACUGA